CAAUUUACCCAACCUCUAGGUUUUUCCAUAACCUAACCUACACACGGGUGUCGUGAGUUUGAGACCGAAUGUAAUGGUUCGGUUAUCCCAUACUUAUUUGUGUUUUGCUAACCGAAAAUUAACAUCUUGAUCGUGUGAUUAAUAAAUCAGACGCAAUAACAAUAAAAAAAAAAAUGCUUUCAAGAACGAAUUCUCUCUUUCGGGGUAUUAGUAUAGCCAGAGACACUGUACGCAUCCAUUCGAUCAAACCGAAGAUCCAACAUCGGUAUAGUUCCUCGACUCCGAUGAACACGAUCGUUAUGUUCGUCCCUCAACAAGAGGCAUGGAUCGUGGAGAGGAUGGGAAAAUUUCACAGAAUCUUGGAGCCAGGAGUUAAUCUUCUGAUUCCUGUAAUAGACAGAGUGAAGUACGUGCAGAGUCUAAAAGAAAUUGCAAUCGAUGUUCCCAAACAAAGCGCAAUCACGCUAGAUAAUGUCAACUUAAACAUUGACGGUGUCUUAUAUUUGAGAGUGAACGACCCGUAUCUGGCAUCUUACGGAGUUGAGGAUCCUGAGUUUGCGAUUGUUCAGCUGGGGCAAACAACAAUGAGGUCGGAACUAGGCAAAAUAUCGCUGGACAAAGUAUUCAGAGAAAGAGAGGGACUCAACGUUUCCAUUGUAGAAAGUAUAAACAAGGCCAGCGAAGCCUGGGGCAUAACCUGCCUUCGUUACGAAAUUCGCGAUAUUAAACUACCAUUGAGAGUACAAGAAGCGAUGCAAAUGCAGGUAGAAGCAGAGAGAAAGAAGAGGGCUGCUAUAUUGGAAUCUGAGGGUACGAGGGAAGCUGACAUAAAUGUUGCGGAGGGAAAGCGUCAGGCCAGAAUCCUGGCAUCCGAGGCUGAGAAACAGGAACAAAUCAACAAGGCGAGUGGUGAAGCAGCGGCUAUGUUAGCUGUCGCGGAGGCGAGAGCCAAAGGUUUAGAGGUUGUUGCCGGAUCCUUGGGUUUGGAAAAUGGCAGAAAUGCUGCAUCGUUCAGUAUCGCUGAGCAAUACGUUCGUGCAUUCAACAAACUAGCCAAAACUAACAACACUAUGAUUUUACCGAGCAACCCUGCCGACGUUUCCAACAUGGUUGGACAGGCAAUGGCAAUAUACCAACAUAUGACACCCCGUCCACAAACACCGGACAAUCCAACACCGCAAUUUAAUUCGAAAAUUCCGCUCACCGUCGAUACUUCGGAUAACGCUUACGAAUAUUUCAGUGAUAAAGAAGAGUUGGAGAAGCAUAGAAAUUCUACCAGUAAUAAGUCGCAAAUAUUGUAAAAAUUCUCAUUACAAUGUAAAUAAAUAAAAAUUUUAAAUGUAAA